AUGCGUCGCCGUUUUCUUCUCGGAGGAGGGGAAGGCGGCAAAAAAUCUGUUCCAAAAAAGGACAACAAUGACCCUCUUCAACAACCAAAAAUAGCUUCAUCAAAUUCUUCUUCUCAAUCUUCUGCAUCUGCCACUACUGGAUCCUCUUUCCCUUUUCUUGGUAUUUUAAAUAGACGAAGCUUUGCUGCCGCUGAUGGGCCAAAAAAGAAAAAUGCCGCUUCUUCUAAUUAUUAUUCAGCAUUUAAAGACGAAAAUGACAAGUAUGCGACAAUUGGGGGAGGUUCAAAACAGCAAAAGAAGAAAGAGGAAGAAGAAAGAAAUGGCCUUCGAACCUCUUCCGCUCAUUCUUCUUCUACUUCUUCCCCUCCACCCCCACAACCUCCUCCUCCACCCCCUCCAAGGCGCUCCCCUUUAUUGCAGCGUGGUGGACGAACUACUACUAGACCUCGUUCAAUGGGAGCGCCUUUACUACAACAGAUGGGCAUGAAAUUUUCUAGUAAUAUUACGGAAAGAAAUAAUAAUGAAGAGGCGGAGACGGCAUUCAUGAAUGUUGAAGAAGAUUUUCCCGGUUGGUUUUUAUUUUUAUUUGUUUUUCGGGUAAAGAGAGAUUCGCGCAUGUUUGUUGGGGAAAAUAAAUAUGUGUUUUUCGUUUAA